AUGAUGGACGGACCUGAAAGUGUUGUUACUCUGCGCAGCCUAAUUGAGAACGAGAUUCCUGAUGCUAGAGCGAAUCUGGAAAGUAGUUGUUCAAAUUUAGAACGGGUCGCUGCUUACUGUGAAGCGAAUUAUGCUCAGGCACAAGAUAAAAAAGUGGCGUUUGACGAAACGAGACGAUAUGUAGUUCAAAGUCUUGCUAGUGUAGCAUAUCAAGUGAAUACUUUAGCUUAUGCUCUGCUACAUGCACUCGAUUUGCAGAAUGAUAAAGUCAAUAACAUGGCAUCGCAGAUUCAUAGUGUAGGAGAAAUCAUUGCAAUUCAUAAGGAAAAAGUGGCGAGACGUGAAAUCGGAGUAUUAACAAUAAACAAAUGUUUCCAGAGGCAACAUAAAGUUAUUGCAGUUGGAGUUCAGGAGCCUCUUCAACGUUACCAGCGUACUCCAAUUGAUUAUUCGGUACUGGAUGAUUUGGGACAUGGUGUCAAAACUCCUGAGCUAGCGAAUCGGUUAGUAACACGUGCAGCCUCGACUCUAUCGCAUGGAAACACUAGUGCACAUUAUCCAGUUUUCCCUAAUUUUGAACAGCUGCUGCCUAAAGCAAAUAUUACUGCAACGCUUUCCCGCUCAUCGACAACUCGUGGAGAUCACUAUCGUACGCCACAAAUGGCUAGUACUCCAGUCGUCGAUCCUCAAAGAUUUUCAACUCUUACACACGGAAGCCAGAACCAGAGUUGUAACAGCACUCUAAAUGCCCGGAAUUAUGAUGCUGUAAGCAGGAAAAGAGAUUCGCAACAAUCCAUGCCUCUUCCCCCUCCUCAGUUAGCGUCGGUAGCCCAGUAUAGGUUAUCAACGAAUAGCUUAGAUGGACUUCCACCACCACCCAGUUCCGUGAUGAUGGAUGAUGAACCACUUCCACCUCCUCCUAUGCCAACUACAAUGACACCAAUUUAUGAGCCAGUAUCAUCGAAAAACCAUUCUAUAUCAACUAACGACCACCGCUCACCAUUUCUUUUAGGAUCUCCAUUUGAUCGUUCAUAUGAUUGGAUUCCAAAAGCUUAUAUCGAAAAGGCAGUUGCGUUAUAUGAUUAUGAAGCAGAAAAACCGGACGAAUUAACUCUUAGAGAAAACUGCAUUGUUUACGUUUUGCGGAAAAAUGAAGAUGGUUGGUACGAGGGUGUACUUAAUGGAUGUACCGGACUGUUUCCUGGAAAUUAUGUUCAGACAACUAAUUGA